CAGCGACAGCAGCAGCGGCGGCGGCGAGAGGCGGCCCGAGCGGUGUGGGUGGCUUUCAGCGGUGUCUGUUGUGGGCGGCGAGAGCGGCUGGAAGGGAGGCAGGGCAGCGGCAGGAGGCAGGAGCGCGGCGAGCGCAGCGGGCAGAGAAUGGCGCUGAGGCGGCGGCAGAGGCUCGGGCCGGGCGGCGGGCGAGCGCUGCUGGCCGCGCUGCUGCUGCUGCUGCUGUGCGUGUGGUGCCGGGCGGCGGCCGAGCGGGUCCGCUACGCCAUCGCCGAGGAGCUGGGCAGAGGCUCGCUCGUGGGGCCGCUGGCGCGGGACCUGGGGCUCAGCGCGGACGAGCUGCCGGCGCGCAAGCUGCGGCUGAGCGGGGAGAAGCAAUACUUCACGGUGAAUGAGGAGAACGGGAACCUGUACGUGAACGAGAGGCUGGACCGGGAGGAGAUGUGCGGCGAGUCGGUGACCUGCUCCGUCAGCUUCGAGGCGCUGGUGCACAACCCGCUGAACAUUUUCCACGUCGAGGUGGCGAUCGAGGACGUGAAUGACAACUCCCCAAUCUUCAGUGACGCUGCUCUGGAACUGGAGAUUGGUGAAUGGACGGUUCCUGGUGCUCGUUUUCCGCUGGAGAUGGCGCGAGACGCUGACGUGGGAAUGAAUGCUCUGCUGACUUAUCAGCUCACCAACAACCCGUCCUUCUCUCUGGCCUUAAAAGAGAGCUCUGAGGGAAGCAAGCAGCCGGAGUUGGUGCUGGACAGAGCAUUGGACCGGGAGAAGCAGAGUUCCUUUGAGCUGGUGCUGACAGCGGUAGACGGCGGGGACCCCGCGAGAUCCGGGACUGUCCAGGUUCGCAUCAACGUGACGGAUGCAAAUGACAACCCACCCGUGUUUAGCAAAGGUGUCUACGAGGCGCGAGUAGAAGAGAAUUUGCCGGCGGGGUCUCUGGUACUGCGAGUGGAGGCGACAGAUGCGGAUGCCGGCACCAACGGGCGAGUGUCCUACUCCUUCAGCAACGUCCCUGGCACCAUCAAGGCGUUGUUCACUGUCGACAGGGACAACGGCGAGGUCAGGACGGCGGGUCCCCUCGAUUUCGAGGAGAAGAAUAAAUACAUCUUCGGCCUGGAGGCGAAGGAUGGUGGGGGUUUAGUGUCGCAUUGUAAAGUGCAAAUAGAUAUAAUGGACGAGAACGACAACGCACCCGAGAUCACGGUUCUGUCGGUGUCCAGCCCCGUGCCCGAGGACGCUCCAAUCGGCACCGUGGUUGCCCUGCUGAAUGUGAAAGAUCCAGACUCGGGCGAGAACGGUCAGGUGUCGUGCGAGCUGUCGGGAGAGGCGCCGCUGUCGAUCGUGGCGUCGUCGGGCGGCUCGUACAAGGUGGUGACAUCGGGCGCGGUGGACCGCGAGCAGGCGUCGGAGCAUCGCGUGACGGUGGUGGCCCGGGACCGGGGCAGGCCGGCGCUGUGGAGCAGCCGGGAGCUGGUGCUGGAGGUGUCGGACGUGAACGACAACGCGCCGGUGUUCGAGGAGGCGGCGUACAGCGCGUACGUGGCGGAGAACAACGCGGCGGGCGCGCUGGUGCUGCGCGUGCAGGCGCGGGACGCGGACGCGGGCGCCAACGGGCGCGUGAGCUACUGGCUGGCGGGCGGCAGCGCGGGCGCGGCGGGCGCGGCGCCGCUGGUGUCGGUGGAGGCGCGGAGCGGCGCGCUGUACGCGCAGCGCUCCUUGGACUACGAGCAGUGCCGCGAGUUCACGGUGGCCGUGCGGGCGCAGGACGGCGGCUCGCCGGCGCGCAGCUCCACGGCCACGGUGCGCGUCUUCGUGCUGGACCGCAACGACAACGCGCCCAGGGUGCUCUGGCCCGCGGCGGCGGCGGCGGAGAGGCUGCGGGAGGGGCGGCGGCGGCGCCGGCUUUCGAGGUGGUUCCGCGCUCGGCCGAGGCCGGCUACCUGGUGGCCAAGGUGGUGGCGGUGGACGCGGACGCGGGGCGCAACGCGUGGCUGUCGUACGAGCUGGUGCAGGCGUCGGAGCCGGCGCUGUUCCGCGUGGGGCUGCACAGCGGCGAGGUGCGCACGGCGCGCGCCGUGGGCGAGCGGGACGCGGCCAAGCAGCGGCUGGUGGCCGUGGUCAAGGACCACGGGCAGCCGGCGCUGUCGGCCACGGCCACGCUGCACGUGGUGCUGGCCGAGAGCUUGCAGGAGGCGCUGCCGGAGCUGAGCGAGCGGCCGGCGGGCGCCGAGGCGGCGGCGGCCGAGCUGCAGUUCUACCUGGUGCUGGCGCUGGCGCUGCUCUCGGC